AUGGUCACACUAUGUAUUGGAGAGAAGGAGUAUGGUGUUUUGGGGUCUCAUAUUCGGAAGUACCCUCUAUUAGGUCGAAGUUUCCCCCCAAAUACAUAUAUCACACUUUCCGAUAUUCAUGGAGAUGUCGGCCACACCUUAGUUCAUUUCUUAUACUCGGGUACUUACGAGACGAUCAAUUCGCCACUUGAUGAAAAUAUAUCCUACAUCGAACGAGAAUAUCGAAGAAGUGUUCUGGUCUACCAUGCGUCUAGGAUGUACAACAUUACCGACCUCGAGAUCCUUGCCAGGAAGUAUAUUGAACACUUCGACGAAGCGAUCUCUACCUUUGAAAUUCUGCGUUCGAUUGGAGAAAUAUUUCCCAAGCUUCCUGAAGACGAAGUCUGGCUUCCAAGCUACUGGUCUAUCACCUCUGAAGAGUUUCCAAUUCCCGAAGAGUGUCCUGCUCCUGAAGAGUGUUCUGCUCCUGAAGAGUGUCCUGCUCCUGAAGAGUGUCCUGCCCCCGAAGAGUGUCCUGCCCCCGAAGAGUGUCCUGCUGAGUGGCAUGCUGGACCAAACGAGCCAGAUGCUGCGGCUGCCGGUCAGGCCGAUCCCAAAGACAGCCUGGCGAAGAUCUUGCUGCCGGAUGUCGCUCUAUAUCACGAUUGGGAAACUCUGUCGUCGGUAAAGAGGAGCAAAAGGAUCAAGAGACUGAAGAAGAAAGGUCUACCGAUCCCGAACGCGAACGGCGUUAUUUCAAUUUCGUUGUUAUAA